CGUUUCUAUUUCAUCGUAGAAACAUGUCUUCUUUCUUGAGAAACAUCUGACGUUCAAGAACAAAACAUAAUCAAAGUCUGGAUAAAUAAAUUAAAACAGGGUCUUGUAGUAUCUCUGUCAAACUUUUUGUUUCUCUUGUGAACCCCAUCAUGAAAUUUCUCAAGAUUUUUUCAUCUUAAACUAAACAAGAAAGAUCCUACAAACCUAAGUUUUUAGCUGAGAUUUUGAAUAAUCUUUUGAAAUGAGUUGUUUCUUGAGUCCAUCGAUGAACAACAAAAGUAGAGAGGAUGAAGGCUCAUCGAUGGCUGUUCCGUAUGAUCGGAGGCAGAUAGCAACACGGGAAGCGGUGACGAUGAACAAAGAAUCACCAAACAAUAUCGAGGCAGAGAGUUUCACAUUUCGUGAGUUAGCAACCGCGACAAACAGCUUCAGGCAAGAGUUCUUGAUCGGAGAAGGAGGGUUCGGGAGGGUUUACAAAGGAAAGUUGGAGAAGACAGGACAGGUGGUGGCUGUGAAGCAACUUGACCGUAAUGGAUUACAAGGGAAUAGAGAGUUUCUGGUUGAGAUAUUUAGGUUGAGUCUUCUUCAUCAUCCCAAUCUUGCCAAUCUCAUUGGAUAUUGCCUUGAUGGAGACCAGAGACUUCUUGUUUACGAGUUCAUGCCUCUUUGUUCCCUCGAAGAUCAUCUCCUUGAUGUUGGAGCGGAACAACAACCACUGGAUUGGAACUCUCGGAUACGGAUUGCCUUAGGAGCCGCAAAAGGCCUUGCGUAUCUCCACGAAAAGGCAAACCCUCCGGUGAUAUAUCGAGAUUUUAAAUCGUCAAAUAUAUUGCUUAAUGAAGAUUUUGAUGCAAAAUUAUCAGAUUUUGGUUUGGCAAAACUUGGUUCGGUUGGAGACACACAAAAUGUAUCUUCCCGAGUUAUAGGAUCUUACGGUUAUUGCGCUCCCGAGUAUCAGAAAACCGGUCAGCUAACGGUUAAAUCCGAUGUUUAUAGUUUUGGAGUUGUGUUGUUGGAACUCAUAACUGGUAAACGAGUUAUCGAUACAACGAGAACGAGUCAUGAACAAAAUCUAGUUACUUGGGCACAACCGAUAUUCAGAGAACCAAAUCGAUUCCCAGAGCUAGCUGACCCACUUCUCCAAGGCGAGUUCCCUGAAAAAAGUCUGAACCAAUUUGUAGCAGUAGCGGCAAUGUGUUUGCAUGAAGAACCAAUAGUUCGACCAUUAAUCAGUGAUGUCGUCACCGCCUUGAGUUCUAUGAGUGCAACAACCGGUUCACCUCCCCGUACAACGGGUAGUAAUGUCCUUAAGACCGUGGAGGACCAGGGCGUGUUUUAA